AUGCCAUUCGACCUCCUGACUGGGGUGUUUAUCCCGGAGAAGAGCAACAUCUGGCGCGAUUGCUGCGAUGGCAUGUAUGACUGGGUCAAGGAGCACGUCAUGGAGGGCUGCACCCUGAACGAGGCAGACCUGUGCGGUGACCCACCACUGGUGCUGGCGGCCGGCAAUGGCCACCUGGCUGUGGUGAAGUACCUGCUGUCACAGGGCGCCGGUGUGGAGCAGCGCAGCGUCAUGCAGGAGACCGCCCUCAUCCGGGCCGCUCACAACGGCCACCUCAAUGUGGUGGAGCACCUCCUCUCUGCCGGUGCUGCCAUCGAUGCACGUGACCUGGGGGACAACAGUGCGCUGCACUGGGCGGCGAUGCGGGGCCACGUCGAAGUGGUGCGCGCCCUGGUGGCGGCUGGCGCUGACAAGACUGCACGCAACAAGCAGGGCUGCACGCCGAUCGACCUGUGCGAGCCUCAGUGGAGCCUGUCCUGGAGGUUCGCACGAGAGGUGCUGGCGGCUUGA